GUGCAGUUGUGGGGUGACAUGACAUUUGAGCUUGAGGAAGGAAGGAGCAAACUUUGGAAGGACUGACUUGGAUCUCUCUGAGCCGUGAGGUUUUUAAAGAAAUCAGUGGAGUUCCCUGAGAGGCGUGUGUACGGAGGCGUGUAUGUGUGUGUUUGCAUGAAAUUGUAAAACAUUACAUUACGUCCAUAAGGCAAUUCUCUCAUCAGGUGUUUGUGGUAACAGGAAGAAUGCUGGAACAUUGCCUCACAUUUGGUCGCUCCCUUGUGAGGAGGAAGAAUGUGGACCAGGACUCUUUGGAAGAGUCCAAGCUGUGCCGCUGCCUCUCCACUGUUGAUCUGAUUGCCCUCGGGGUGGGAAGUACACUUGGGGCCGGUGUCUAUGUGCUCGCAGGGGAGGUAGCCAAAGGCAGUUCAGGCCCCAGCAUUGUGGUGUCUUUCCUCAUCGCUGCUCUUGCAUCUGUGAUGGCCGGCCUGUGUUAUGCCGAGUUUGGUGCGCGGGUACCAAAGACGGGCUCAGCCUAUCUGUACAGCUAUGUGACUGUGGGGGAGCUCUGGGCAUUCAUAACAGGAUGGAACCUCAUUCUGUCAUACGUCAUAGGGACAUCUAGUGUGGCACGUGCCUGGAGUGGGACGUUUGAUGAGAUUAUAGGGGGCCACAUUGAAAAGUUCUGCAAAAUGUACUUCAGAAUGAGUUUGCCUGGCCUAGCAGAGUACCCUGAUUUCUUUGCUGUCUGCCUGAUCUUAUUACUGUCAGGCCUUCUCUCCUUUGGGGUGAAAGAAUCAGCUUGGGUCAACAAAAUCUUCACAGCUGUAAACGUGCUUGUGCUGGUGUUUGUUAUUAUCUCUGGGUUUGUCAAAGGAGACUCGCUCAAUUGGAAUAUAUCUGAGGAAUCUCUCAUAAAUGUUACAAUUGUCAAAAGGAAUCUCUCACACACUGCUAAUGUCACUAGCGAUUAUGGGUCAGGGGGAUUUUUCCCUUAUGGCUUUGGUGGGACACUCGCUGGUGCCGCCACCUGCUUUUAUGCCUUUGUGGGAUUUGAUUGCAUUGCAACCACAGGUGAGGAGGUGAAGAAUCCCCAGAGGGCCAUUCCCAUUGGGAUAGUUGUUUCCCUGCUGGUCUGCUUUCUCGCCUACUUUGGUGUUUCAGCCGCCCUCACCCUCAUGAUGCCCUACUACCUGCUGGAUGAGAGGAGUCCCCUGCCUUUGGCUUUUGAAUAUGUGGGCUGGGGGCCUGCCAAAUAUGUUGUAGCGGCAGGAUCGCUCUGUGCUUUAUCAACCAGUCUGCUGGGCUCCAUUUUCCCAAUGCCGCGUGUAAUCUAUGCUAUGGCACAGGAUGGGGUGCUUUUCAAAGUGUUAGCCCAAAUCAAUCCUAAGACGAAGACCCCUCUUAUUGCUACAAUGUCUUCAGGUGUAGUUGCAGCUGUCAUGGCUUUCCUAUUUGACUUGAAAGCGCUGGUGGACAUGAUGUCUAUCGGAACCUUGCUGGCAUACUCUUUGGUGGCUGCUUGUGUUCUAAUCCUUAGGUAUCAGCCGGAUGCUGCGUUUGAGAGGUCUAGGAUCAGUGAAGGCAAGGAAAAGGUUGGUGAGUCUGAACUGACAGAGUCUGAGUCUCACCUGAACAUGCUGAAGGAUGGACGCGUAACCCUGCGCUCUCUGCUCAACCCUCCACUGCUGCCCACUGAACAGACCUCCACUGCGGUCAACGUGUCUGUUGUGAUCAUAGUGUUUGUUGUGUGUGUUAUUAGCUCACUCAACACAUACUACGGACAGGCCAUUAUUGCUAUGGAGCCUUGGGCCCUGGGGGUCUUAGGGGCAUCUUUGUUCAUCUUCAUCAUGUGCAUCCUUCUGAUUUGCAGACAACCUCAGACAAGGAAGAAGGUUUCCUUCAUGGUUCCUCUGUUGCCCUUUCUACCCAUCUUGAGUGUAUUUGUCAACGUGUAUCUCAUGGUUCAGCUCAGCGGAGACACGUGGAUCCGUUUCUCCAUCUGGAUGGCUAUAGGUUUCUUCAUUUAUUUUGGAUAUGGAAUCUGGCAUAGUGAUGAACGUAAGAGGCAUCUACAGAACUGUGGUGUUGCGACGGAGAAAAAGAAACUGACAGGAAAUGAAGGCACUGUGGAAUAUGUGACGCACAUAGAGAAGACUAGCCCAUGUUAAAGAACAGCAGAUAAACUAUAAUAGUAACUAGCUGUUAUCCACGGCAUUCACCAACCAGCUGAUAGACCUGUGUUUUCAGCUCUGCCUUUACAGUCACUGCCAUCAUGAACAAUCACUGUAACACCUCUCAGUGCUGAUGCUCUCAUCUGUGAUGUGAUAGCAGGACGUUAGGGGUGUGCAAUCUGGCAUUAGAAAUUCAAUGCAUUGAUUACGGAAUUGAUUCUUUACCCAAUAUAAGCUUAUAUUUGUGACUUAAUAUAAAACACACAUAAUAGAUAUAAAACAUACAUUAUAAUGAAUAGUAGCAAAAUAACUAAACAUGAGUAGUGACCAAGUUGUGAUCUAAUUUUUUUUACAAUUGUUUUAUUUUAUUAAUUUUUAUUAAUAAAUCAUUAGAAUAGCAUUGAAUUGUUGGCAUAGCAAAUAUUUUCACCCCUGUAAGACAUACCUCUGUGUUUGAAGCAAUUUGCUUUUUAAAUGUGUUUUGAUGAAAAAGGGAUAGCUUGGUUUUGUUUUUGUUUUUUUUUUCAAAUUUUUUUUUUGCAUGAAAGUAUUUCCACAGACAGUAUCCUAAGAUUUCUUCCACUGUUAGUUUGUUAAAAAAAAAUAAUAAAAAAAAAAAAAGAAAAAAAAAAAGAAAUAAAAAAAAAGAAAAAAAAAAGAAAAGGAAGCAACCAUUUAUAGCAUUUAUACUUAGUUUUAAAUGUAUGGGAUACGUGGUAAAGUGGCAUUAUUAAAUAAUGUGGAACACCCGAAGAAAUAUCGGUAAAGCCAUGAUAAUGGUGAAUGUCCAGCUUCACUGCAUGUCUACAUGAUUGACCUGUCUUGUUAAAGUGUUUAAUUGUAAGAUUUAGUAUUAAUUAUUUUAACUUACAGUAUAUGCCUGAGAUGUUAAGCUGUUUGGAUAACACUAUUUCAUGUCUUCUUUUUAUUCUGAUAAACACUAUUUUUUAUCUUAACCUAUGUUACAUGUGUUGUGUAACUAUCGCUGAAUGUUUGACAGAGAUAUCUUACAAUGUACAGUAUUCAUCUGUUGUUUAACAACCAGAAGGUCUGAUGAUGUUGAAGAGGAGCAAGUAUGUAUGUAUGUUUUGUCUUGUAAAAUUAACAUUUUUUCCCACUUUAUUUACUUUAUAGAUUUUUUUUACUCUACAAUUAAGUAAUCUAACAUUUUCUGAAACACUAUGAUGAAUAAGCAACAAUCUACACUACGUUGUACACUGCGGUCAUUCAAUACAUGACAAUAUGUUUAAUCCAGCUGACAAAGUGAUGCAAGCAGUGGCCU